ACGCAGACAAUUGUAUAAAUAAAUAAAAAAAUGAUCUUUUCUCUCGCCCAUAUUUAUGAUGUUCUAAAUUUCACUUAUUUUUCUCAGAUUUUGCAGCUUUCAUUAAAACCCAGAUUUCCCAAUCCUCAAAUCGCCGAUUCUUGAAGAUUAGAUUUUCUGGGUUUUUCUUCCAUUUCUUCGAUUUCAUAUCCUCCGCGACGAAACCUUUUUGUUUGUUCUUUGUCCACUGGGACGCAGCCGGAGAGGACGUUCAGACAGAAAGGAGAGAGAAACGGACGGAUCUUUGGGAGAGAUGGCGGGAGGGAGGAGAAGGAAGAGGCUGCAUCUGAGCAAGAUCUAUUCCUACACGUGCGGGAAAUCGAGUUUCGAAGAGGACCACUCGCAAAUCGGAGGACCCGGAUUCUCCCGGGUCGUUUUCUGCAACGAACCGGGUUCUCCGGAGGUAGAGCGGCGGGGCUACGCCGGAAACUACGUCCGCUCGACCAAGUACACCGCCGCUUCCUUCAUCCCCAAGUCUCUGUUCGAACAGUUUCGCCGCGUCGCCAAUUUCUUCUUCCUCGUCGCCGGAAUCUUGUCCCUGACGCCGCUCGCGCCGUACGGAUCCAUCAGUGCUCUUCUUCCGCUCGUCCUCGUCAUCGCCGCCACCAUGGUCAAAGAAGGCAUCGAAGAUUGGGGCCGCAAAAAACAGGACAUAGAAGUGAACAACAGGAAGGUGAAGGUUCACGGCGGAAAUGGAAUAUUCCGGCAAGAAGAAUGGAGGAACCUCCGCGUCGGAGACAUCGUGAAAGUCCAGAAAGACGAGUUUUUUCCGGCGGAUCUUCUUCUGCUUUCAUCGAGCUACGAAGACGCAAUCUGCUACGUCGAGACGAUGAAUCUAGACGGCGAGACGAAUCUGAAAGUGAAACAAGGGCUUGAAGCAACAUCGUCAACGUUACACGGCGAUUCUGAUUUCAGAGAUUUCAAAGCUGUCGUCAGAUGCGAGGACCCGAACGCGAAUCUUUACGCCUUUGUCGGAAGUUUCGAACACGAAGAACAGAAGCUGCCAUUGUCAAUCCAACAGCUUCUUCUGAGAGAUUCGAAGCUCAGAAACACAGAGUAUAUCUAUGGAGCAGUCAUCUUCACCGGACACGACACAAAGGUGAUCCAGAACUCGACCGAUCCUCCAUCCAAGCGGAGCACCAUCGAGAGAAAGAUGGACAAGAUCGUCUACUUGAUGUUCGGAGUCGUCUUCCUCAUCGCUUCGAUCGGUUCAGUCAUCUUCGGCGUCGAGACAAGAGACGACAAAGAAUCAGGCGGAAAGAUGGAGAGAUGGUACUUGAGACCAGACGAUUCCGACAUCUUCUUCGAUCCAGACAGAGCUCCAGUCGCCGCCAUUUACCACUUCCUCACCGCCGUCAUGCUCUACAGCAACUUCAUCCCGAUUUCCUUGUACGUCUCCAUAGAAAUCGUCAAGGUUCUCCAGAGCAUUUUCAUCAACCAGGACAUUCACAUGUACUACGAGGAGGCCGACAAGCCCGCCCACGCAAGAACAUCGAAUCUUAACGAAGAACUCGGACAGGUCCACACCAUUCUCUCCGACAAAACCGGUACGUUGACCUGCAAUUCCAUGGAGUUCAUCAAGUGUUCUAUCGCCGGGACGGCGUACGGACGUGGUGUCACCGAGGUCGAGAGAUCGAUGGCGGCAAGAACCGGGGCUUCGCUUUCGGAUCACGACACGGAAGAAGACCAGGAAAACCACGAUAGGGUUAAGAUUAAAGGGUUUAACUUCAAGGACGAGAGGGUUAUGGAUGGGAAAUGGAUGAUGCAGCCUCAUUCCGAGGUGUUGCAGAUGUUCUUCAGGCUGUUGGCGAUAUGUCACACCGCCAUUCCAGAAAUCGACGAAGAGAACGGGAAAGUUUCGUACGAGGCCGAGUCCCCGGACGAGGCUGCGUUCGUCGUUGCAGCACGAGAACUCGGGUUCGAGUUCUUUAAACGGAAUCAGACCAGCAUUUCUGUCAGGGAACUGGAUCUAACAUCCGGGCAGAAAGUCGAGAGGGUUUACAGUCUACUAAACAUUCUCGAGUUCAACAGCACCAGAAAGAGGAUGUCGGUUAUCGUGAGAGACGAAGACGGGAAACUCUUCUUGCUAUCCAAAGGAGCUGACAGUGUCAUGUUCAAAAGACUUGCGAAAGAAGGGCAGCAGUUCGAGGCGAAAACCCGAGAACAUGUGAACGAGUACGCAGAUGCAGGCCUGAGGACGCUGAUACUCGCAUAUCGUGAGCUCGACGAGAACGAAUACAUCGAAUUCAGCAAGAAAUUCAGCGACGCGAAGAAUUCUGUAAGCGCGGACCGCGAGUCCUUGAUAGAUGAAAUUACCGACGAGGUGGAACGAGAUCUGAUUCUUCUCGGCGCCACUGCGGUUGAGGAUAAACUUCAGAACGGGGUUCCUGGUUGUAUCGACAAGCUUGCUCAGGCCGGGAUAAAGAUUUGGGUUCUGACCGGAGAUAAAAUGGAGACGGCUAUCAAUAUCGGAUUUGCCUGUAGUUUACUAAGGCAAGAAAUGAAGCAGAUCAUCAUCAAUCUUGACACACCAGAGAUCAUAUCAUUGGAGAAAUCCGGAGGGAAGGACGAAAUCCAGAUGGCGUCGAGGGAAAGCGUUGUGAAGCAGAUAAAAGAAGGGAUGGCUCAACUCGAUGCUGCAUCGGGUGCUACCUCCGAGGCAUUUGCUCUGAUCAUCGACGGGAAAUCACUCGCUUAUGCUCUCAAGGACGAUAUCAAGAAAAAAUUUCUCGAUCUCGCCACCAGAUGUGCCUCUGUUAUCUGCUGCAGAUCAACCCCGAAACAGAAGGCCUUGGUUACGAGAUUGGUUAAAACUGGAACCGGGAAGACAACCUUAGCAAUCGGCGAUGGAGCGAACGAUGUCGGGAUGCUCCAGGAAGCGGAUAUCGGCGUUGGGAUAAGCGGAGUGGAAGGAAUGCAGGCCGUGAUGUCCAGCGACAUAGCCAUUGCUCAGUUCCGAUACUUGGAACGUCUUUUACUCGUCCACGGGCAUUGGUGUUACCGCAGAAUCUCAUCAAUGAUUUGCUACUUUUUCUACAAGAACAUCGCUUACGGAGUCACGUUGUUCUUGUACGAAGCUUACGCUUCCUUCUCGGCUCAACCUGCUUACAAUGAAUGGUUUCUUUCACUGUACAACGUCUUCUUCUCUUCCUUACCCGUCAUUGCUCUCGGCGUCUUUGACCAGGACGUCUCGGCCCGCUUCUGUUUCAAGUUCCCGUUGCUAUACCAAGAAGGAGUGCAGAACGUUUUGUUCAGCUGGAGAAGGAUCAUCGGAUGGAUGAUGAACGGGGUGAUCUCGGCUCUGUUGAUUUUCUUCCUCUGCAAGGAAUCUCUGAAACACCAGAUCUUCGACACAGACGGGAAAACCGCAGGGCGGGAAAUCCUGGGGGGGACAAUGUACACUUGCGUUGUCUGGGUCGUGAACUUGCAGAUGGCUCUGUCCAUAAGCUACUUCACGUGGAUUCAGCACGUCGUGAUCUGGGGAUCGAUCGGAUUCUGGUACGUCUUCCUCAUGAUCUACGGAGAAAUCACGCCGAGUUUCUCGACGGAUGCCUACAGGGUGUUCCUGGAAGCUCUGGCUCCGUCCCUUUCGUUCUGGCUCAUCACCCUCUUCGUCGUGAUCUGCGCUCUGAUCCCUUACUUCGCGUUCAAGUCGAUUCAGAUGAGGUUUUUCCCGGGCUAUUACCAGAUGAUUCAGUGGAUCCGGUACGAGGGUCGGUCCAAUGAUCCUGAGUUUGUGGAUAUGGUGAGACAGAGGUCGAUUCGGCCGACCACCGUCGGGUUCACGGCCAGGCGAGCCGCCAGCGUCAGGCGGUCCGGUCGGUUCCACGAUCAGAUCCAUAACGGUUUGGUCGCUUUUCAAUAAGAUUUUGUCUUUUUUUUUUGGCGAAGGUGUAGAUAAGGAUUUACAGGGGAAAAAAUUAGGGUUCUUGUUGAGAGAUCUAUUUGGCAGAGAUACCGUGUCGGAGAAGGUAUCGGAAAUCACGAAUUCUAAACGAGAUUUUACGGUGAGUGUAUUUGUACAUACUUCCUCCUGUAUAGAUCUCACAUUUUUUUGUUUAUUUGUACUUUUACUUUGGUUAAUAAAACAUAUUAAACUGC